GAAAAAUAGAGCGCGAUAGAGGAAAAUAGAGAAUCUUCAGAGAGAUGGAGGAAAGCUGCUAGCCGUUAACAUUAGUACACAAAAGUAUUAAACUUUUGAAGAUUUCUUCACUGUUGACUUUGACAAAUAGUCACCUACAGUGAAAUGAAAUGCUUGUGCUAUGUUGAAAAGGAUUCAUAUGAAAGUUUUUUUUCUUUCUUUAUUUCUUAUAAACUGUGUGUAAUAUUUUACUGAGAACAUUUUUAACAUUAAAAUGAAAUCUGUAAGACUGUAAAAUUCUAAGAGGUGAUAAAAUAAAAUUCAAGGGAUGAGUUUAUUUACAAAUAAAGUGGAUGUAAGAUAAGCAAAAACAUGUCUGGUGAUUCGGGUUGGAAUGCCGUUAUUCAUCAUCCAUCGGAGUUGGAAUUGCAAAAUUGGGACUGGGAUGGCAAUGAUGGCGAACCAGAGCAAGAACUUCCAUCUACAGUUGAUAUGGAUGCAAUUAAAGAUGGCGGAAAUUGGAAUCCAGUUACUGGUGUCACUACUAUAAAUUCAGAUGAUGAUUCUGAAUCAGAUGAUGAAAGCUCUGGAGGUAGCGACGGUAGUUGUUCCUAUUCGGAUUCAAAUUCUGAUUCGGAUAAUGAUAGCAGCGAUGGUGACAGUGAAUCAAAUUCUGAUUGCACGUCAGAUCAUAGUGAGCAAACAUUUUCAAUUCGAGAAACAAAUUUUGAGCAGGGUGGAUUAAAAUUAAAAAUAAGUAUGAAAGUGCCCAGAAAAGAAGAUUUAGAUAAACUAAGAUGUGAUAGAGCUCGACGCCUGUUACCAAGAAGGACUAAAAGCAGAGCCGCUAAGACAUCAGAUUGCAGUAGUGAAGAUUCUGAUUCAUCCAUCAGUCAAUCUUUAAUGCCAUCCCCUCAAAUUCAGCAAACAUUACUGCAGCAACAAACAACACAAUUUUCUCAACCACAUCAACAUGUUCCAAUUCAGCAUCAACAAUUUUCAAAUCAACAAUCAAAUGUGGGGACUGUACAGACAGUCCCACAAUUGCCACAGGCCCAGCAAGUUAAUCACCAGCAUCACCACCAUCAUCAUCACCACCAGCAGCAGCAACAACAACAUGUACAACAACCGCAACAACAUGUACAACAACCGCCACAACAUGUACCACAGUCGCCACAGCAACAGCAACAGCCAAUACAGUCGCAGCAGCACCAGCAACCCCUCCAGGAGAUCAAUCAGGAGGAUCUUGCAGCAAUUCUGCCAGAACAAGAGCACGAAGACACGGCAUUUGACGGCUUUGAGGACUCGGAAAGUGGGCGGUUAGUGUCGAAAGCGAUUGAACGGAUGUCACUUGGUGCCGACUCAGACUCCUCUGAGAACAUAAGCGAGCGGAACCCCGUGCCUGUGUACAGUUCGUCCCUGCUUCAGCAAUUCGCGGAGAAAACAGCACUGCUGUCGGAGCCACGUAAACGACGUGGCAGUAAGCAGCAGCUCGCCAAGAGGUCGAGCGGCGAGCCUCGGGAACCGGAGUAUGCCAGUGCCUCCAACGUGUCACCGGAUUCAGGUAUACAGUCCGUGGACAACAGCCCUCUACACCUGGUUAAUCCCGUGAGUCCACCUCCAACUACAUCCAACCCAGGUGGUACGCUUAAUUUACCUGUGCGGCCAGUGAGCACUACCGUAUCAGCCAAUAGCAGCAACAACAGCAACAACAAAACUGUAGAGUCGACGAGUUUUGUGGUUGGCAAAUUGUCGACGUCGAGGCCAGCAGCCUUGGUGGCCAAGUCGAAGUCGCUCGUGAGUGCGGAUACGGUGUUGAGCCCCCCAAAGCGCAAACCCGGGAGACCUGCAAAGUUCGCUGCAUCCUCUUCGACACAGCCACGCGGCCCGGGGAGGCCGAAGCUUCGUCCGACCGCUAUUCCAGUCAAGAAAGAAGCAGCUAAUGGUCGAUCUUUCUUUAACAAGGAGAAUCCUUGCUUCAAGAGAGCCAAAGUUGUCGUGUCGCAGUGCAACAGGCAAACGUCGGCCAAAUGUCAGACUGUUGAAGAAACGCUCAACAAUAGAUUGAAGUGCAGGAAGUCGACUUUGCGGAAAUCGUGCGAUACGACCGCAACGCUGACUAAACCAGCCCAACGCCUGGACGAAGUGAAGGUGUGCGUAACGCGUAAGAAGUGCCUAAGCAAACCGACGCAGGUCAUCGUGGGGAAACGCUUGAAGGAAGCCAUUCAUAACGAGGAGACGGGCAACUGCAAGCGAAUGAGGCGGGAAAGGCAGACGCAUUUAAAGAAAGAACUCGCUCAGCCAACCAUCGUCAAAUCUACCGAACGAAUUGAGGAUAAUACAGGUAAACUCGAAAGCAAAAAGAGCUUAAAGGAGAAUAGGCUUGACUCGUUAAGUCUUAGCAAACGUCAGCAGUCGACGCGAAAGAGCCAACAACAACAGACAUCAUCAGCAUCUCGGCGCGUCCUCAAAGAAAAUAAAGUUAACAAAAAGACAAUUGGCACGACCGCAGCCGCUCCGAAUAACAAAAACAACGAGGCUGGACAUUUACUGGAAACGAGCGUCAUUGGCGUGCAGACCAUCUUAUCCUUACCUGUUAUUAAUCCGAUUCUUUCAAAUAAUCAAUAUUUAUAUCAUUGUUAUACAACAAGAGGGAGCAGUACUGUAUCAAACGAGCAGCAAAUCGGGGGCGAGUAUCAUCGUCAUCAUCACCAUCAUCACAAACAUCGGCGGCGCGUUAUUGCACCGAAAAUACCGAUCCGGGUUGACCCGGCCGUCGGACAGGAGCUUGAAAGGCUCGUCGAUGAGUUCGGUAAGAUGUGUAGUUUGGGAAAAAUUGUCACUGGUAGCAGUGGCAUGAACGGAUCGACAAAGGUAGUCGAGCCCCUCCCUCACAUCUUUAGGCUCAAGAAGACGACGAAGAAGCGCAAGGGUAGCGAGCUUGACCUGGUUGAUGAACAGAACGCUGGAAAGACAUUAAAACGCCGAAUUAAGAAGGAAACGGCGGAUGGUAGCAGCAGCAGUAGCAGUAGCAGCAGCAGUAGUAGUAGCAGCAGUAGCAGCAGUAGCAGCAGCAGCAGUAGUAGUAGUGCGAGUAACAGUAGUAGCGCAGCGAGCGUCGCCGGUAACGAAUCGAGUAAUCCAAACGAGCAACGAUUGCCGCUGAAGAAGCGUCACUAUCAUGUAUUCAGCGUGUACAGUAGCUCGCAGGAACAACCGACAGAGGGUGAAGAACACGUGGUUGACGGCGAUGAAGAAGAGGAGGAGGAUGAGGAGGAAGAGGAGGAGGAGGAAGAUGUGGAGGAUGAGGAUGACGAUGAUGAGGAAGAGGAAGAGGAGUCGAGGAAGCACAGACCAAGUGUCAUACCACAUGCAAAAAGUAUCGAGGGGACCGUUUUGAGGUACGGUACCGAGGCUGGUAGUGCUACCGGUGUCAGCCAAUCGAAAUCUACUGCUGCAGUUGAAUCGUCGGUGCUGAAAGCUAAGAAAAGGCUUGAAAAAACUGGUGAAACUGAAAAUUUGAACAUUUUUCCAGUAUUUGAAAGCAGUACGAUGCCUAUUGAAAAAUCACAAGGUCAAAUUGAUUCGCUACCGAGACGUAAAAAGAAGAUCGUCAAAGAUUUACGCGUAACAGUUACAAAACUACCUGUUGAAAACAAUCAUGUUAUCGAUAAGAUUGAAAAAUUAGAAAAAAUGUGCGCCGGUGAUAAAACAAUGAAAACAAAUAUCGAGAAAAUGUCGAAAUCUGAGAAACUGAAUAUUGAUAAACUUACGAAUACUCAAGUAGAGAAGAUCGAUAAGCCAGAUUCACGGUCUUUGGAUUAUCUUCAGCGAGCAGAGCGCACGGUAAAAAACAAACAAUUAAAAGAUGAAAAGGAAAUUAGCGCAAACAAAUCCAUGAAAAAAGAUGCGGAGUUAAAAAUCGCGAAGAAAGAUGUAGAGUCUAAUAAGCUAAUGAAGAAGGACAUUGAUAUUAAUAAUAAAUUCGUAAAGAAAGAUCUAGAUAUUUUGAAAACAGUAAAAAAAGACGGGGACGUUGGUAAUAAAAUGUCCAAGAAAGAAAUCGAACCAAGUAGAAGCUCGAAGAAAGAGAGUUCCGAUACUAUCAAAUUGAAAAAUAACGAUUCAAAUAAAGUAACAAAAAGAGAUCCUGAAAGUAAAAAGAAGGAUACGGAUAAUAAAUUAGAUAAUAAAGUAGAUGUAUUCAAAAGUAAUGAAGUCGUGCUUCAUAAACCAAUGAAAAAUGAAAUAUCCAGUACUCCCACUCCAAAUACUACAAGCAGUUCCUUAACAGUCAUGCAGAUAAAGAAAAAAGUUCGCCGCAGAAAAGCGAUAAAUCGCACGGGCUUUCCCACUUUGAAGAAAAAGAAAAAGAAACAAAUCUUGACUGUUAAAUUAAAUAAGGAAGAGUUUGAGAAAGUUAUUAGUAAUACAAUGCCGAAUAAUUUAAAAACUAAUAAUAUUGAGAUAAGAAAACCAAAGGUUGAAACUAAAGAGAAUAAAGAAAAGGAGGCCGUGAAGAAAAAAUCGGAAAUUACGUACACGAAAGAAAUCAUAAAUAAAGAUGAAGGUAUUGACAAUAAAAAAUUGGAUGAUAAGAUUUUAUACGACGAUGAAAAUACAACGUUGGAAGAAAGUGCACAGACUUGUUCCGGUCAAUUACGUGUCAGAAAAGAUUUAGUGGUCGAGUGUGAUGGUAGUAAGCCGUGCGAUAAAUUAUGUCCAGUUAAAUAUGAAAAAAUUCAAGAUUCGAGAAUGUACGAUGAGAACGCAACAUUAGAAGAAUCUUUAGAAAGAUACAAUCAGAGUCAGAAAGUGGCAGUGUUGAGCGAAGAGAAUGUAAGGAAGCUCGAGUGUGCGAAUUUACAAUUAAGCGUGAAACUGGAAAGCCACACCUGCUUGAAUAAUAAUCACCGGCGAGUACGUAGUUCGGUCAGUCCUUGCACCCUCACCGUCAAGAAUCUCAAGAGGCUCCGUAACGAUUAUGACACCGAGAGCGACGCGCUACCAAGUAGCGACAUUGCUAGCGAUGAUCACGAUAAGCAGGCAAGCUCGAUGCGCUGUCGGAGGAAGCAGCCUCGGUGGAAAAAGCGCUACCUGCAGGCAGGUCUCUUCUCGGAUUACUUCAAGGAGGACGAGCCCCGAAAAACGACUAAUGCCGACUCGGGAAACAACAAGAAUAAGAUGCUCUAUGAUCCAACAGAGCAUCCCCAUGGCCUCCUUCCACCGCCCUAUCACUGCGGCAAGUUCCUCAGACAACGAGAAAUUCCCUUCCAGCUGCCUUAUGAUCUCUGGUGGCUGCACACUCAUUCUCGGUUACCUGGUAGAGACCUCGUGCCAUCUUGGAAUUACAGGAAAAUCCGCUCGAAUGUGUAUUACGAUGUGAAGCCGACGAUGCUGUACGAGGCGCAGUCGUGCGAGUGCAAGCCGGAAUCCGGAUGUGGCGACGAUUGUAUUAACCGGAUGGUUUUCAGCGAGUGCUCGCCCCAAUUCUGCCCAUGUGGUGAGCGCUGUAAGAACCAGAAGAUCCAGAAACACGAUUGGUCGCCCGGACUUCAACGUUUCAUGACCGAGUCCAAGGGCUGGGGAGUUCGCACUCAUCAAUCCAUUAAGACGGGAUGUUUCAUCUUGGAAUACGUUGGCGAGGUUGUAUCGGAGCGGGAAUUCAAGACGCGAAUGGCCACACGCUACGCCAAUGAUACACACCACUAUUGUCUACAUUUGGACGGCGGUCUGGUGAUCGACGGGCACAGAAUGGGCGGUGAUGGGCGUUUUGUCAAUCACUCCUGCGAGCCCAACUGUGAGAUGCAGAAGUGGAGCGUCCAUGGACUCCCCCGGAUGGCCCUCUUCGCUUCGAGGGACAUCGAGGCCGGCGAGGAACUCACUUACGACUAUAACUUUGCUCUCUUCAAUCCGUCCGAGGGACAGGAGUGUAGAUGCGGCAGUGAUGGCUGCCGCGGCGUCAUCGGUGGCAAGAGUCAACGUGUCGCCAGGCCAUUGCUCCCGGCAAGCCAAUUGACGAUAAUCAACGGUAGCUACUUAAGCACUAUCAACGAGCGUCGCUCCGUCGGCCGUCCGCGGAAGAACUCGCGCAAGAUGAACAGUACAGUUAUACAGGCACAGGCACAAUCGAGUCUCCCAUCCUCAUCCAAUCGCAAGAGCGGACUCUGCAAGACACGCAAAAUCGGAUCGGACGGCAGCUUGCUUCCCACCCCCGCUAUUAAGCCCUUGUCCCAUCAGCAGCGUUGUUUCGUCCUCGAGCAUCGCUGUUUCCUCGUGCGUAAUAUCGAAAAGAUACGCAAGUACAAGCAGCCGGUUAUAUUGGUGAAUACUCAGGUAAGUAACAAAAGCGUGAUAAAAGUUGGCAACAUUACGGGUGUUGGGGUGCAGACUACGAAGGAGAAGAAUUCCGGGGAGUUAAAGGCCAAUAACGAGGUCUUCUUCACGCAUCUGACAACACUUACCAACACGGGCUCGAGAACCGUGAGAACUAGAAGGCUUGCGCAGGCGCAAGAUGAUCCUGAGGUUAAUAAGACCGCUAAAUUAGCUAAGGUUUUGAAAGAUCUUUACACGGUUAUAACGGGCGCAAAGGAUGAGAACGAGGCAUUGCUGUGCACUCCAUUCCUGACCCUUCCACCCAAACGCAAGCUCUCGGAGUAUUACGAGAAGGUGCAGGAGCCCAUCGACCUCACGGUAAUCGAGCAAAGCAUCGAGAACGGGCAGUACAAGACGGCCGAACAAUUCGACCAGGACGUCAUACGCAUGUUCGACAAUAACGUACGAUUCUUCGGCCGGACCUCCGAGAUCGGCAUCGCGGCGGCGAGGCUGAGGAAGCUGUAUUUGGGUCGAAAGGCCGAUUUUGUUAUACCGAUUACGGAGGCUACGGGAUUGCCGCCCUCGCAAGCAUUCCUUCCACCGAGGGGAUCCACCGCUGGCGAAGAGGACGUCAUUCGUUGCAUUUGUGGAUUGCAUCGAGAUGAAGGUCUGAUGAUCCAGUGCGAGCGGUGCCUCGUGUGGCAGCACUGCGAUUGCGUCAAGGCGGAUACAAGCGCGGACUCGUAUCUCUGCGAAAGGUGCCAGCCUCGGCUCGUCGAUUACGAAAUACUUCUCGAGACCGAGGAGGAAGAGGAGGGCAAAAAAUACUAUGUCACCUUGAUGCGCGGUGACCUGCAGCUGAGAACCGGCGACACCGUUUACGUUCUCAGAGACACUCCGGAUAAGCAUACGUAUAAGACCAUAGACAAGCCGGAUUACGAGCAGAUGGACAUAUUCAGAAUCGAAAGGCUUUGGAAGAACGAGAGUGGCGAGAGAUUUGUGUUUGGGCAUCAUUAUCUACGACCGCACGAGACUUAUCACGAACCGACGCGCAAGUUCUACGAGAACGAGGUCGUCUGUGCUCCGCUUUACGAAGCGGUCCCUUGCGAAUUGAUAGCCGGUCGUUGCUGGGUUCUAGAUCCGCACACCUUUUGCAAAGGUCGACCGGUCUAUUCAACACCAGAUCACAUUUAUGUUUGCGAGUACCGCGUGGAUCGAGCAGCCAGACUAUUCACUAAAGUCGCGAGGUCGCGGCAUCAAGUCUGCACAAAACCUUAUGCCUUUGAAACUUAUCCGCAACGCAUAAAACAUUAUCGGACUUAUUUGCCACAUAGCCUCGAUGGCAUACAAGUAAGUGGUAAGGCUACGAAAGAGAAAAAGAAAAAUUGUUCGGAAACCGAACAAAGCGCCAGUAAAACGGAAUUUCGAGAUAAUGUUAAGCCAAGUAACAAAGAUCAAUUACACAAGCCUCGAGGUCGUAGGCGACUUAUAGAGAAUUCAUGUAUAACUACUCACAUAAACUUUGUUCAGAGAGAAGAUAAAAAAAAGAGACUGAAUGGCAUUUUGCUGAUUUUAUUAGAUAGAUUGCCAAAUAAAAGUGAACCUCUAGACAUGUCGAGUCUUUUGGAACGCAACAGAAGAAAUCGGAAAAGACCGGGUAUACUAAAUCCGUGAUAUUGGGUUAUUUAAAUACAUAAAAAAUCACUCAGAUGACUGAAAAAAUGGAUGAUAACAACUUUAGCCAAAUAGGUUGUCCUUCAAGCCUAUACUUUGUGACAUUUAAAUUCUUUCUCCUAAAUAGUCGAGAAUAAAAAAACAAAUUUUACG